CCCAGCCUGGAGCUGCAACAGGUAGGAGGCUCCGGUCCUGGUCCCCGAAGCCCUCGGUAGCCGCCGUCUGUCGUCUGUCGCCUGGGAGUGAGUGAGGACCAUGUCCAACAACAUGGCCAAGAUCGCCGAGGCCCGCAAGGCGGUGGAACAGCUGAAGCUGGAGGUGAACAUCGACCGCAUGAAGGUGUCGCAGGCCGCCGCGGAGCUCUUGGCUUUCUGCGAGACGCACGCCAAAGACGACCCGCUGGUGACGCCGGUACCCGCCGCCGAGAACCCCUUCCGCGACAAGCGCCUCUUUUGCGUCCUGCUCUGAGCCCUUAUGGCGGGUUACCCUCCCCUGGCCAAG